AUGCUGAGGCUUAGCAACUUGUCUUCCUCCCCGGCAGUGGUGGUCGGUUAUUGCAACAAAAAACUCCAUUCUACCUCUCUUUCACCGGCCACCGGACCGGCAUCUUCUUCGUUUAUUCCUCAGAGAAUCACAACUUCUUCUCUGAUGUUGAGGCAGCCGCCAACCAAAACCAUUGCUUGUAGUGCUUCCUCCCCUGAUUCUCAUCAAACUUCCUCUGGGAUUCAAGCUAGACCUGUGCAUGGAACGUCAGAGGUAAUUGUUGGUGUUCUGGGAGGGGGGCAAUUGGGUCGUAUGCUCUGCCAAGCAGCAUCUCAAAUGGCAAUCAAAGUCAUUGUGUUGGACCCUUCGGAGAGUUGUCCUGCCAGCUCUCUGUCUCAUUACCACAUGGUAGGAAGCUAUGAUGAUAGUGCCACGGUUCAAGAAUUUGCUAAAAGGUGUGGAGUGUUGACGGUUGAAAUUGAGCAUGUUGAUGCUGCUACUCUGGAAAAGCUUGAACAACAAGGUGUAGAUUGUCAGCCCAAAGCCUCUACUAUAAGAAUUAUUCAGGAUAAGUAUCUUCAGAAAGUUCAUUUUUCUCGGCAUGCCAUUCCUCUUCCGAAGUUUAUGCAGAUUGAUGACCUUGAUAGUGCCAAGAGAGCAGCAGAUCUUUUUGGCUAUCCACUUAUGAUAAAGAGCAGAAGACUGGCUUACGAUGGGCGUGGAAAUGCUGUUGCUAAGGAUGAAAGCGAACUGUCUUCGGCAAUAAAUGCUCUUGGAGGAUACAGUCAUGGUUUGUAUGCAGAGAAAUGGGCACCCUUUAUUAAGGAGCUCUCUGUCAUCGUAGCAAGGGGCAGAGAUAAUUCUGUUUUAUGUUAUCCUGUUGUUGAAACUAUCCACAGGGAUAACAUAUGUCACAUCGUCAAGUCACCUGCCAAUGUGUCUUGGAAGAUCGUGAAAGAUGCAACUGAUGUGGCACGCAGGGCUGUCAGCUCUCUAGAAGGAGCUGGUGUAUUUGCAGUGGAGAUGUUCCUAACAGUAGAUGGUCAGAUCUUACUAAAUGAAGUGGCCCCCAGACCUCACAACAGUGGUCAUCACACUAUCGAAUCUUGCUUUACUUCACAAUACGAACAGCAUUUGCGGGCUGUCGUUGGCCUUCCAUUGGGUGAUCCAUCAAUGAAAACACCUGCUGCUAUCAUGUAUAACAUACUUGGUGAAGAUGAGGGGGAACCAGGUUUUCUUCUUGCCCAUCAACUGAUUGGGAGGGCCUUAGGUAUUCCAGGGGCUUCGGUUCAUUGGUAUGACAAACCAGAAAUGCGAAAGCAGCGAAAGAUGGGUCAUAUAACUUUUGUGGGCCCUUCUAUGGGGGUAUUGGAGGCACGGUUGAAGUCUCUUUUGGGUGAAGAAACAGUGGGUGGUGAGAAGGAAAUUCCACGAGUGGGCAUCAUCAUGGGUUCUGAUUCCGAUCUACCUGUUAUGAAAGAUGCUGCAAAGAUUUUGAGAGAGUUUGAUGUACCUACUGAGGUGCGGAUAGUCUCAGCACAUCGGACCCCUCAAAUGAUGUUUGAAUAUGCACAAUCUGCACGUGAGCGUGGUGUUCAGCUGAUUAUUGCCGGCGCUGGUGGUGCAGCGCACUUGCCAGGUAUGGUAGCGGCAUUGACACCUUUACCAGUUAUUGGAGUCCCAGUACGCGCUUCCACACUAGAUGGACUGGACUCUCUACUCUCAAUUGUUCAGAUGCCAAGGGGCAUACCAGUGGCAACCGUUGCCAUCAACAAUGCCACCAAUGCAGGACUUCUAGCAGUAAGGAUGUUGGGUGUUGGUGACUUAAACCUCCAAUCAAGAAUGGCUCAAUACUUGGAAGACAGAAGAGAAGAGGUUUUGGCGAAGGGAGAAAUACUGGAGAAAGAUGGCUGGGAGGAAUACUUGAAGUCUUAG